GUCACAAUUUUCCUGAAUUGUUACAGUCACAUCCUCUUCGUCUACGAGAGAAGCUCAGUCAAGGCUACUUGACGAGCAUUGAAUGGCCCUACUUAAUAGGUAAAUUCUACAUUCUUUAGGCCGACAUGAUGAAAGACAGUCAUGGCAGACACACCAAAUAUCGUGUCCGCCACCUCGAACCAACAUGAUGCUACUCCCGCGUCUGUAGAAUUAACCACAUCAACUCCAUCUCAAGUGAAGGAGGUGAAGGAAGUGAAGACUAACAGUCACCGUCCUCCUACCCCCAAGAAGGUUCCACUUCACCAGAUAUAUGCCCUUCCUGCCCCAAUCCGCACAUUCCCACUACCCAGUUUCUACCCAAAUAACCCUAUUUCGCUAUUCCAUGCCGUAUACGCUUGGGUGAGCCAGCUUGUCUCUCCACCGCCAGUUGAACCUUCAGUGAUCUACCAGGGCAUCUGGUCCCCCGAGACUCGAUCAGUUCACAUUACGGAUCUCAAGUCGGUACGGGCAUUAUGGGAGCAAGGGUUCUUUGGAAAAGGUAACUACAGCCGAAGCGAGCCAAACUGGUUUAGGCGAGAACAGGCUCGAAGAGGUGAACACGGAGGUAGCGUCGCUGAAAAUGUGACUACCCAGAGGCGAGAAGAGCGGAAGUUGAUGAAAUGGGACCGUGCCAGAAAGGAACAAGAAGCGAUCGAACGGACUAGACUCCUAGAAGCUUGGGUUGCUCCGGUCGGUCCUAUGGAAUUAUUAGCUCUUCCGAAUUCCCUCGACGACUUGAAGCCUAUGUUUUUCAACACCCCAGUGACUGCAGAUUCGGUUCAGGGCUUCGUCGCGAAUGGUACAAAUAGCGUCAAUGCAAUCACCACCACCGAUGCACCAGCCUUAAAUGGCACCACAUCGCCAUCAAGUAAUGGAAUAGUGAAGGCUGCUACUGGGGUGUCUUCCACUGAAGAUGGCACUACGCCACCGUCAGAAAUGAACGGACAUCCGCCCCGCCCCCGCACUCCUACGAAUACCUCCAAAAGACGUAAGUCAGUGCGAUUCUCGCCUACGAUCGAAUCAACAACCUUCAAAUUGUCCGAUCCACCAAGUCCUCAUCACAGUGUCCAGUCAAACGGGAGCAUAGACAGCACCUUGGCAAAUGGAAUUUCUUCAAAGCCUCAGCCAACAGAGCUCGGUUUGCCGGAGUCUCUCGAAAGCACAACCAAUUCCAAGGCCAAUUCCAGGACCAGCUCCGAGUUGGACGGUCAGCUAGUGGACAAGGAACAUCUUCAACUAUGUCUUGAGGAAGCUUUCUACCUCGUCUUUGCUCUAGGGGCUUUAACAAUUCUAGAUCCAGCGACUAGUAAACCAAUUCCUUCGUCAGAUUUAUUUACGCUCUGUCGUCAGACAUCGUACAUCCCUCCAAGGCAGGCGGAUCUCCAACCGGAUGAUCCUUUCCUCAUGCAUUAUGCCGCUUAUCACCAUUUUCGUUCCCUAGGCUGGGUAACGCGACCAGGAAUCAAGUUUGGUGUAGACUGGAUGCUAUACAACAAAGGGCCAGUGUUCUCCCAUGCUGAGUUCGCGGUCAUUGUUUUACCGGCUUACACUGAUCCUUGGUGGAAAGCUCAAGGUCGUCAGCCCCCUCAUAGGUCUUGGCACUGGCUUCAUACCAUCAACCGUGUGCAAGCUACGGCAUUGAAGACCUUGGUUCUAGCAUACGUCGAUAUACCGCCUCCGUUUGAAGAGGGUCUUGGUGCGACGGACAUAUUGAAACGGUACAAAGUUCGGGAAUUCAUCGUGAAGAGAUGGCUCAGUAAUCGGAAUAGGGAUUGAAUGGGCAGUAGGAAUGCCACGCAUCAAAUUGGAUGCAUGGUGGCGCCCCUAGGUUGUAAAUACAUAGGUACUCGCUACCGUGUUUAAUACUGUACGAUUAGCCAUGCAACCAUGUCAAAAGUGACAGUCGUGAUUGAACAAAUACCAAAUACUUUUUCAGUGAGCUCAACACCUAAUUUGACCGGAUACUAUGAACGUACGCCCAGAAAUGUGGCAAUUCCUCAUGAUGCAGU